ACCGGUUUGUGUAGACCCCACUGUUACACUUACACUGCUCAAUAUUAACAUACUGGGUUUCAGAGAAACAUCUGUAGGACUGUAGAGUACAUAGUGAUAUAGGAAAACAAGAGUAUUAGGUGUAAUGUGUACUGUUGAGUACAUAGUGAUAUAGGGAAACAAGAUUAUUAUUGUACUGUGUCUGUUGAGUCAAGUGACAUUAUUUACAUAUUCUAUGAUUUGAAUAAUUAAGUUAUGUUUAAAUGUUAAAAAACCAAGACACAGCAGUUUUGAUGAACCGAGAAAACAGCCUUAUUAUAAAAAUUAGAUCCAUGUGGAUUCCAUGUACAUAUUCAGGAACAAAAGAAGUGAACUUGUGAGAAAAAUAUGGCGGGAAAGUCGUCAUCAUGAUGAUUUGUCCCCUGAGCUCAAGUCCCAGCUGUCCUCGGUCCUCAAGCGUGUUCGUGAACCUGUCCUCGUGGAUUUACUGGCUGUCCUACAGAAACGAGGACAAUAUUUUGGGGGUUGCUGUCCUGUACCGAACCAGAAACUAGGUCGACACCCUGUAGUUCCGCUGGUCCUGAUGUGCCGAAUAUGGAGAUGGAAAGAUGUUGAGGGUGAACAGCUAGUCCGUCUACCUAUCUGCCAGUUUACACCAGAUAAUCUUCUUGAAUGCUGUAAUCCAUAUCAUUGGGCCAGGAGGGCAAAUCCAGACGAGUUCCUGAGUUCAAAUCCUGCUAAAGGAAUUUCCUACUGUGAUAAUCAAUACUCCUUCAAUCUAGGUGAGAUUCCUUUACGUGUUCAUGUGUUCGUGUUUUCAUGUGUUUGUGUUCAUGUGGUCAUGUGUUCAUGUGUUCGUGUGUUAGUUUUUUCAUGUACUUUGUAA